UGGCCCACUCUGGCAACACUUAUCUCCAUCCUGGUUCUCAAGGAUGAACCGCUAAUGGCUGCGGAGCUGAGGACUGCUAAGGCUGGCUACUGAGAUAUCCCGGUCGAGCCAUCCAUUGAAGUGUAACUGAAGCUGCUCUUGAUCGUAGUGGGGAUACGGAGCCAGAGAGGAGGUUCGUCGGCUCCUCCUCACCAUGUCGAAGAGCAAGAGCCCCGAGUCGGUGAAGGUGGUUGUCCGCUGUCGGCCCAUGAACGAGAAGGAACGGGCAACCAAGUUCGAGAGGGUCGUCACUGUGGAUGUUAAACUUGGCCAAAUUAUUGUCAGGAAUCCCAGAUUGGCCUCAGCCCACGAACACCCUAAGGUCUUUACCUUUGACUCGGUCUAUGAUUCAAACUCCAAACAGAUAGAUCUCUAUGAUGAAACCUUCAGGCAGCUGGUGGAUUCAGUUCUACUGGGGUUCAAUGGAACAAUCUUUGCCUAUGGGCAGACUGGCACAGGAAAGACCUACACUAUGGAGGGGGUUAGAAAUGACCCUGAGAGGAGGGGGGUUAUCCCCAAUUCCUUUGAACACAUCUUCACACACAUAUCACGCUCCCAGAACCAACAAUACCUAGUGAGAGCUUCCUAUCUUGAGAUCUACCAAGAGGAGAUAAGAGACUUGAUUUCCAAGGACCAGUCGCAUCGUCUUGAGCUGAAGGAGAGGCCCGACACUGGUGUGUAUGUCAAAGACCUCUCAUCGUUUGUUACCAAGAGCGCAGCAGAAAUCGAGCGUGUCAUGAUCCUGGGAAACCAGAACCGGUCAGUCGGGUCCACCAACAUGAACGAACACAGCUCGCGCUCCCACGCCAUCUUUGUCAUCACGGUCGAGUGCAGUGAGUUGGGCGUGGACGGAGAGAACCACAUCAGGGUGGGCAAGCUGAACCUGGUGGAUCUGGCGGGCAGCGAGAGGCAGGCCAAGACGGGCGCCCAGGGGGAGAGGCUGAAGGAAGCCACCAAGAUCAACCUGUCCCUCUCGGCGCUAGGGAACGUGAUCUCGGCGCUGGUGGACGGCCGGAGCUCCCACAUCCCCUACCGCGACUCCAAGCUCACCCGCCUGCUGCAGGACUCCCUCGGGGGCAACGCCCGCACCGUGAUGGUGGCCAACAUCGGGCCGGCGUGCUACAACGUGGAGGAGACGCUGACCACGCUGCGCUACUCCAACCGAGCCAAGAACAUCAGGAACAAGCCCCGCAUCAACGAGGACCCCAAGGACGCCCUGCUCAGGGAGUUCCAGGAGCAGAUCGCCCGGCUGAAGGAGCAGCUGGAGAAGCGCUCGGGGAAGAAGAAGAAGAGACGGCCCAGGAGGAGGGCCGGGGAGGGCGGUCACGAGGAAGACCUGGAGGACGGAGAGACGGACGAUGAGGAGGAGGGGGAGGAGGAGGAGGAGGGAGAGGGUGGCGACCAGGGGGACUACUGGCGGGAGCAGCAGGAGAAACUGGAGGGCGAGAGGAAGGCCAUCAUGGAGGACCACAGCCUCGUGGCCGAGGAGAAACUGAGGCUGCUCAAGAAGAAGGAGAAGAAGAUGGAGGACUUGAAGAAGGAGAAGGAGGUUGGGGAGAUGCUGUCCGCCAAGGUCAAGGCCAUGGAGAGUAAACUCCUGGUGGGGGGUAAGAACAUUGUGGAUCACACCAACGAACAGCAGAGGAUCUUGGAGCAGAAGAGACAUGAGAUCGCUGAACAGAAACGGCGGGAGCGGGAGAUGCAACAGCAGGUGGAGAAUCGUGACGAGGAGACCCUGGAGCUAAAAGAGACAUACAGCUCUCUGCAGCAAGAAGUGGACAUCAAAACCAAGAAGCUCAAGAAGUUGUUUGCUAAGCUGCAGGCGGUGAAGGCCGAGAUCCAGGACGUACAGGAGGCUCACAUCAAGGAGCGGCAGGACCUGGAGCAGAGCCAGAACGAGCUGACCAGGGAACUCAAGCUCAAGCAUCUGAUCAUUGAAAACUUCAUCCCCAUGGAGGAGAAGAACAAGAUAGUAAGCAGAGCCUUCUUCGACGAGGAGGACGACCACUGGAAAGUGAAGGCCAUCACACGGCUAGAGGACAACCACCAGAUGAUGUGCAGGCCUGUGUCGGCGGUGGGCUACAGGAGACCUCUUAGCCAGUACGCCCGUGUUGCCAUGGUGAUGAGGUCUGAGGCCCGGUACAAGGCUGAGAACCUCCUGAAGCUGGAGAUGGACCUGCCUGAGCGGACCACCAGGGACUACGAGGAGCCGGCCAUCGCCCCCAACGUGGCGGCGGCCCUGGAGGCGGCCCUCCGAGACGAGGACGAGAUCCAGGUGGACGCCUCGGGCUUCCACAGCAGCCUGGGGCUGACGGGGGGGGCCAGCCCCGCCAGCGCUGGAGGCAGCCUCAGGAAGCCCAAGUCAGGCCGAUCGAAAACGGGCAAGAAGUCGAGCGCCCCGACGUCUCCUUUCAGCCCGUCCAGCCCGGCGUCUCCUCUGUACCCCCAGUCCCGCGGCCUGGUGCCCAAAUGACCCCUUCACUAGUGGCACCAACCCCACCGCCUGGAGGGAACGGGGGAUGGGAUCUGGGUCGGGCUGGUGUUUUAUUUGGAAUACCAUUUAUAAUCUUUAAUCCCUGAAGAAAAGAAAAGAGUUUUGGUUCUGAUAACCAAAGAUUUCUUGAACAUUUAACAAAAAAAACAUGCUGCUGUUGUUUUUACCGAACCCUCCAAAGUCCCUCCACUGAUGGUUCUCUGGUUGUCUGGAGAUGGCUUAAUCCUCCUGAGUUACUUAUUGGAUGCAUGCUCUGGCAAUGCACUUCCUCAACUUUAUAAAACUCAACCACACUGGCAUAGUUCUACUCUGAUAUGGGACAGAAUGCCACAAGUCUUGUUUCAAUAUUUAAAUGUGUGUGUGUGUGUGUGUGUACGUACCUGAAUGUUGAACUUCAUAGGUUUACAUCAUAUUGCGCUGUUCUCGUUACAUGUUUUGUAGUGGGUAAAUGUGUCUUCGUGUUUUUUUCUGCUGAAGCACUAUGUGUAUCUGUAACGAGGGCAAAUGGCCAACUUGGUCAAGUGGCUGUAAUUGCUAAGGUGCUGGAAAAUGCUAGAGGGGGUUACUUCAAGAGAGUGCAGCACAUACACUACAUGUUUGUGUGUUGUUCUUGGAGCAGACAAAAUAAACUGAGUGAAUAAAUUUGCAAAGCUCCUCACCUGGAACGGGCCACAGAAACAUCAGGGUUACAAGGUGCCUUAACCCUCGUCCUUAAUCUCUGAGCCGCAAUUGUGCACUCUUACAUGUCUGCCAAGUGUAUACAAUUUUUUUAUAGUCCUUCAGUUGGAGAUAUUGCAAUUUCCAGAUCCCGUAAAUUCCACUACAUGAGUGCACACCCUGCCUGGUGGAGAAUAGAUGCUUAUUUAGGUUAUUUGGAACAUCUGAUUAGUCUCUGAACUGUACUUGUACCAUCUGCCCUGUUAAGCACAGACCAUGGCAGCAAAAGGACCUCUAAAAGGUACCCAAGAAAUGCUUCCUGCCUGACUUCCAGGGCAAAGAACCACUCCUCUCUCUGACAACCGGUUACCUACUGGAGAGGAAAUCCACUUUUUUAAAAGAAGAACCCAUGCCCCUUCGGCGGGAGGCAUGGGCCUGCCCGCUUGCUGCUACUGCGUAUAUGGUUCUGCUUAUCCCACUGUGAGAGGCCUGGACCAACAGUAGCUGAGUCCACGUCUGGAGUGGAAUGGUUCCAUUCACUAAACAGAUGAGCUUCAACUAACUGCAAACGGUUUAUUAAAUGUAUGUAGAGAUGUAUCGACGAAUCUACAUUUAUUAUUAGGCAUAUUCUCAGUCAAAUUUGAAUAUCAAAAGAACAGUAAUAAAUAGGUUUCAUGAAAGGAAAGAACCUAUUGCAACCUUUUGGACAUUCUUUUGUAUACAGAUGUAAAUACACAUUUUUAUUUAGUUAUUUCAGUUCUUAUAGACUUAUUUUUUUGGAAUUCUGUAAUUUAAAUGUUCAUUCACAAGACUUGUCUUAACUCAAGGUAGUCAUUCCUGCACCGUAAAUGGCUUUAGUCACAAGGAAGUCCUUCACUUGAUAUUUAUUGGGAAGUCAUAAUUCACUUUACCUCAGUGUGGCAAAGUUGUAUACCUGCUGCAUGAUUCUAGCCAGCUUGAUUUGUUAGGAAUUUGGAUUUUUUGAGUGUUAGGAAAUUAACUCCCCCAAAAAACACAUGUGAAUAGUAUGUAUUCCACAGCCUCACCACAGAAAUUAAAACUUCAUAAAAGACUACAAUGACCAUCUUUUAGUAACUGACCAUGAUUCUGUGCAACAGAAAAUAUGCUGGUGCACCAAGAUCUGUCUAGUGCUGUCCUUUACUAUAGUGAUGAUUAAAGACAAUUAUAUCAAAGACCAACGUAUACUGUUAUUCAUCAAUUGAUUAACGCAAUGACUGAAGAAUAUCACACCUUGACUGUAGUCAAUCUAGGUCCCUUCAAAUCUUAACUAUUAGAAAGUAUUGGUAUAUAUGGAGUUUAUUAACACAUGGGUGAUACAACUCACUAUUGACUUAGAUGUAAAGCAAAAUCUUGACAUUCAGUAGGGAGUCGAAAGGAGAAUAGAGAAAUUAAAUGAACAAUGAACUUUUUAGGAAAUGACAGGAAUGGUUGUACAUACAGUAUCUAUAGACGAGGCAAAAGCCACAUGUUAAUCAGCAUUUUCAGAGAAAUAAAGGAUUCAUGAAUUAUCACACUGACUUUUGUAAGGGAUUCUAUUUUCCCUUAUGUUUAUUCCAGUUGUAUGUACUCAAUAUGAAUAUGAACUGCUACUAAUAGAGAUGAAAAACAUUUUUUUUUUUUAAAGAAUUAACUCACUGGGCUGAAGGUUUGUACAGCAAAAGGCUGGUAAGCUAGCAUAAAAAGAAAAUUCCUGAAACAAUCACUUCUAAAUACAAUUGAUUCAUUUAAAAUGAUGAUGAAUACGAUUAACUGAAAUAAUGACAGAGAACUUAAUUGGUCUCGUUACUUCAAAAUAACUCAAAAUAACUCAGAAGCCACUUAUUGAGAGUCCAUAGUCCAAUGAAAAGAGAUUUGGCAUCAAAGGUACCAGUUUCCAAACUACAGUGCAAAAAGAAUGCCCAUCCAACUGGAAAGGGAUGAAAAUUAUGUACCACAUAUAAAAAUAAAUCCGUGGUUAUUGAUUUCAUUGGUGAGAAAACGUGAAACUGAACACAAUAUCAUGCCAUGAAGUAAUAUAAAAAGAACCAAAUAAGCAAUAGCAAUCCUUAAAAGUAAAUAAAAAAUGGAUGUAUAAAAACUAUUUUGCCUGGUAAUAAUUAUUUCUUGCUGUGGGAUGUAAGAUGGAAUAUAGGAAAAAAAACAUGGUUAAUUUUAGAGUGGUUCCCUGUUUGGUUGUACAGAGGAAAUAUGACAUUGAUGUCAUUACGAAAGUCAAUUUCCUCCUGAUACACACAGACACAUCCUUCAACCUGUGAAAAGGAAAUAAAUGCAUUGAUUCAGUUCUCUAGAGAAUCCAGUUGCGUCAAAAUAAAACUCAAAAUCAAACAGAUGCCGUAAAAAUUUUCAUUUCAUUCAGAGGGACACGACAACACUACGAACAAUGCUCUGUUGACUAAUUCUCUUAAACAGUUGGGGUGUGAUCGAUUUAGAUUUCCAUCCCUAAAACCAAACAUAAUCUUAACAAAUCGCUUCUGGCUUCAAGUCUGGUAUUACGG